ACCAGUUUUCGCUAGGUGUCUUGCUAUUUAGCCCGACGUCCAAAAUAAUUUGGAGUGUAGAGUUAGGCUAAUCGAGCAAGCUCAAAGUUAGCCAGUUAGCUACCUAUAAACCUACCAACAAGUCCAGAACAUAGAAAGCAGCAAGCAAGCUAACCGUUAGUUUGACAGGCAGCACAUUUAACUAUCGACAUUCUUAUCACCAUACAGUGUUGUUGUCCUCCUUUGCAGUCUAAUAUUGUCUGGAAACUGAUGACGGAAGAUAUCAACAGCCAGCCACUAGUCUGUAAAUCCGAACACUCAGACCAAGGCCCCAGGAGUCAGUGAGUGUUCCGUUUGGCCUUCUGCGCAGCGCUCUCUGUCCCAGAAAGGGGAAAUGUCGAAUACAGCCAUGAAGAAAAAGGUGCUGCUGAUGGGGAAGAGUGGGUCGGGGAAGACCAGCAUGAGAUCAAUCAUCUUUGCUAACUACAUCGCUAGGGAUACACGAAGGCUUGGAGCCACUAUCGAUGUUGAACACUCCCAUGUGCGUUUCCUGGGAAACCUUGUGUUGAACCUAUGGGACUGUGGCGGGCAGGACACGUUCAUGGAAAACUACUUCACCAGCCAGCGGGACAACAUCUUCCGGAACGUGGAGGUGCUGAUCUACGUGUUCGAUGUGGAGAGCCGCGAGCUGGAGAAGGACAUGCACUACUACCAGUCCUGCCUGGAGGCCAUCCUGCAGAACUCCCCCGACGCCAAGGUCUUCUGCCUGGUGCACAAGAUGGACCUGGUGCAGGAGGACCAGAGAGACUUGAUCUUUAAAGAGCGCGAGGAGGAUCUGAAGAGGCUGUCUCGUCCCCUGGCCUGCACCUGCUUCCGGACCUCAAUCUGGGACGAGACCCUUUACAAGGCCUGGUCCAGCAUCGUCUACCAGCUCAUCCCCAACGUCCAGCAGCUGGAGUCCAACCUACGCAACUUUGCCCAGAUCAUUGAGGCCGACGAGGUCCUUCUGUUCGAGAGGGCCACCUUUCUGGUGAUCUCUCAUUAUCAGUGUAAGGAGCAGCGUGAUGCUCAUCGCUUUGAAAAAAUCAGCAACAUCAUCAAACAGUUCAAGCUGAGCUGCAGUAAACUGGCAGCUUCCUUUCAGAGUAUGGAGGUGAGGAACUCCAACUUUGCCGCCUUCAUUGACGUCUUCACUUCCAACACGUACGUCAUGGUCAUCAUGUCCGACCCUUCCAUACCUUCUGCGGCCACCCUCAUCAACAUCCGCAACGCCAGGAAGCACUUUGAGAAGCUGGAGCGGGUAGACGGCCCCAAACACAGUCUGCACAUGCGCAUGCGCUAGAGGACACACACACACACACACACACUCAUGCACACACACUCAGGGGGCCUGUGCAUCGUGUUAGUCACACCUGUGGGGGGUGUUCCUGUUGUCUGCUGUCCUCUCAGCCGGCCUCUCCGAGACUUCCUCAUCUUCAUCAUCUUCAUCCUCAUCUCAGACGAGAAGAGUGGACGCCACAAACACUGCAAGCUUUCAUUUCCACCCCGCUUUCCUCAGCAAGAUGGUUGGGGAUGAGAUGGCAGUUGGGGAAGAAGUGUUUUUUUUUUUAUAUAUACAUGUGCCAUAAUGUAUGUGCGUCCCUACACACACACACACACACACACACACUCAACACACACACAGUGAAUUAAUCUUUCUGCUCUGUCAUUUCACUGUGAGAUUGUGUUUUCUUUUUUUUUUUUUUUUAGCACUGUUUUUGCAUCCUAGUGUUUACGGAGCUCACUAAGGUAGUUUGCCAGGAACACCGAGGAUGAAUCGACAAUAAUGUCAAAUGAAAUCUACACAACUGCACUCUUGUUAAAAAGAAUAAAAAAAACAACAACAUGGCACACAGUAUCUUCUUUUCUACAAGAGCUGUUUGUACCUCUCUAUUUAUUAUCCUUGGUGAUGGCUUAAAUAAAAAUCAAAUCAACCACAAAA